GGGUGCAGCUGAGGAACUGGCCGACAAGUGGAGGGCUGGGGCUGCCCGCUGAAGCAGGUGGCCAGCUGACGGGUGCGGCGGCGGCGGCGGCAGUGAGCCGAGCACCCAGGCUGGGAGGUUGCUGCGUCCUCAGCAAGUUCUGGGGCGGGGGGUAGUGGCCUCACACCUGCAGCAUCGCUUCCCCUCCUCCCCCGGCCUCUCCCUUCCCGUCGUGAGUACAGAGGCUGAACCGCCCCGCAGCCGCCGGCUGGGUGGUGCGCAGUGCUGGCAGCCCGGGAGCAGGCGCUCGGCCUUUUGUCACCGGUCACAGGACAUCGUCCCCGCUUCCGCCCCUCUUCGCUUCCCACCCUCUCCGGCGGGCGGCUCGGCUCGGCUCGGCUGACGCAGGUCCCCAGGCGCGGCCGAGGGUGAGGGUGAGGAGGCCCGGGCCCCAGGCUGAGAUGGGCCGCGGCCGCUGCGGGCGCCUUGUGCCGGCCGACUGAGGAAAAUGGCGGGAAGGAGAAGCCAGCUGCUGGAAGGUGCUGCCUGCCUUGCAGAGUUGUUCCAGCCUUGCACUGAGUACAACAACUGACUAGGACUAAAGAGAUCUUUGGAUAGAACAGCAGCCCAAAAUGACUGCGGUGUUAAGAGUAAAUGGAGUUGUGAAGAUACAGAGAAAGAGGACCACCCUGUGAAUUUGGAAAAAGAUGUAUCCCAUUUGCUGAGUGCUGAUAGAGAAACGAUGGAAGCUAAAGAACCAAAGACCAAAGCUCCAUUUUCAUCAGAAUCAAUUAAAAGUACGACUGUCUUGAGGUGCUACACAAGAAAAAACCAAGCAACUGGCUUUUGCAACGCUUUGAAAGGAAAUGCAAUUGGACUUAACAUGCUGGGACCGAGCAAGAAGCUAAGUGAAGGCAUGUCAACUGUAUCCUCAUCACAUGCACUGAACAAGGAGACUGAUAAAAAUCAAAACAAGUGCUUGGUAAUUAGUAGCUCUUCAGGGCCAGGAAUAGUUGUUCGUGGAAGGCGCUUUCACCAUGCCAAUGCACAACCAGCCAUAAAAACAGCAGCCCAGAGCAAUCUUGGCUUACUUGGUGAGGGAAAAGAAUACCCAGUUGAUGUUCCAAAGGUUCCAAUGGACAGUAUCAUUUUAAUGGGAUCUGAUGGAAGAGAUGUGACCUCAGCUGAAUUAGAAGAGCAGACGUAUUCCUUACCAAAUUUUAAGAGACGUGUUUUGAUGAAGCAAGCAAAAGAUGACACAAUACCAACGUUGCCUGAAUCAGUUAACCCUAAAGCUUCUGCUCUACAAGAUAAGACAUUUACUGAGGGGCGGACACUUAGUGAAUUCUUCAGUUUAUGUAACAAUUGUGGGAAAAAGAGUGAAGACCAUACAAAAUGCGAAAAUUGUAGGAAGCCAAUACCCAAGGAUGCAACAAGACGGCCGAAACAAACUCCAGAUUCUUCCGGUGUCGGGACAGUUCAGGCACGUCCACCUAUACAUGCCUGUUCUCCAAAUCAGGCUGAAGGCAGUGUGGGUGUCAGCGCCAAGACAUUUUACAACAAACCUCUUGACAUAAUAUUGACUCCAGUGCUGACAACUAAACUCUGUACAGCCAGGAAUAACCUUUUGCAAACUAAUGGUAAACUAGGGUUGUUGGGGCGGACAGUUGUGCAUGGAACAGGACAAGUGGAUUCCAAGAAACCUUUAAUGAAUGACCCCAUUGUGCUGUCCAGUGAUGAAGAGGAGGAAGGUGAUGACAACGCCAGCACUGGAAGUAGCAGAAUGGAUAAUGUCCAUUCAAUUAGUAGAACUACUGAUGCCACAAAUCUUUCUCCUGUGCUUUCCGCCAAGCCCUCGGAAGCAGUUUCAGAGGAGGCUCAUGAUGAUAAUGCAACUGAGCAGAGUUUGGAAAGCAUUCGCACCGAGGUAGAAUCUACAGUCAUGUUGCCACGAAAAGCAAGGAUGAAGGACAAGUUUGGAAAUCCCUACCAUGAAACAGUCGGCAAGAAAAGAAAAAUUGAGAUUGCCCCGGCACAAACUGAUGGUCUUAGUACGCAAGCGGAAAGCUGCUGUGAAAGUAUUAUUCUCAAGUGCCGAAGUAUACGAAUAGGAACGUUUCGCACAACAGUAUUGGAACCUGUAAUUUUCAGUCUAGACUUCAUCAAGGUCAGUAUGGGAGUGCCUCACGAAUCAUCCCAGGACAUUGUUUUAGAAGCUUCGGAAUUCACUAAGUGUGAAUGGUGCAAUACUCGUGUAUUACCAGUACUUUUUCUGCAAUUAACACCAGCUGCCUGCCGCAAAAUACGGUCGUCCCUCAAUAUGAGCAAAGAGAAGAGCUGGUUUGAUUCUGAAGCAACCACUACUGAUGAACGGUACAUUGUUUUGAUAUUUGAGUCUCUUCUGGAACUUCGUGCAGCUGCUAUUUUCGAAAGAAUAUUAACUGAAGUUGGCAAAAAGAACAAUAUAUCAAACUUUUUUGUUUCCAUACCAUUUUUUGAAGCAAACAACAGGCUUCUUAUGUUCACACAGAACCUAGAGGAACACAAGAGCAAUCUAUCACUCAAGGACAGCAGGAAAAGAAAUAUAUCAGGCUCCGCUAAGACUUCCAUGUUGACUUCUCCAUAUUGGUUGAUCUCUAGUAAAUUUGAGCUCUGGAUCUCAUGCAGUGGAGAGGCUUCCCCCAAAUAUUGUUUGCGGAAUACCAUCCACUCAACGGACGACGGUUUGGAAUCAUCCCAUUCUUCUUUUACGGGUCCUAUUGAAAAGUUGAUAGUUUAUCCUCCUCCUCCAUCGAAGGGUGGCAUAUCUGUGACUAAUGAAGAUCUCUACUGUUUGAAAGAGGGGGAAUUCUUGAACGAUGUUAUUAUAGAUUUUUAUUUAAAGUAUUUAGUUCUUGAAAAGAUCAAACAGCAGGAUGCAGACAGAAUACACAUCUUCAGCUCCUUCUUUUAUAAACGACUGAAUCAGCGAGAGCGACGCGGCAUUCCUGAAUCUGCCAUCUUAUCAUUACCACAGCGUCGACAUGCCAGGGUGAAAACAUGGACACGCCACGUGGAUCUAUUUCAGAAAGAUUUUAUUUUUGUUCCAAUUAAUGAAACGGCUCACUGGUUUCUGGCGGUGAUUUGUUUUCCUGGCCUCUGCAAUGAACCAAAUCCUAAGUUGCAGAACAAUGAAGAAACACAGCACAACAGCAGCUCCGCCCCAGCAGAAAGCAACAAUAACUCUGCUUUACAAGAGGAGAUGGACAGUCUAACUGAGAACUCGGCUGCAGACAGGCAGAGAAAAACUCAUACCAUCAUCAGCACGAUGCCAGAGCUCUCUGCUGGCAAUAACUGUGAGAGUGUGGAGUCUGAUAAACUCCACACAAGAAGAUGCUUGUCUGCCGCUGAGCAUGUCCUUAGCAACUUUAAUCAGCUGAACGCAGAAUCAGAAGAUCACCAGAUCUCUGCCCAGAGAAAAGAAAAUGGUAUGGAAGGUAAACAGCUAGAUGCCUUGAAGCAAAUCGAAGUUAGUUACGCGGACGACAGUGAAGAUCCCUUUGACUUUUCACCAGAUCAGGAAUAUAGCCAGGAGGAUAGCAACGAUGCUGGAAGUAUGGUAGAAGACAAUUCUUCAGAAAGUGUGCCGUGGGGUCAGCAACCUUCUAAACAGCCGUGUAUUCUGAUCAUGGAUUCUUUGCGUGGUCCAAGUCGCACAAAUGUGGUUAAAAUUCUGCGAGAGUACCUUGAAGUAGAAUGGGAAAUGAGGAAAGCAAGCAAAAGGUCUUUCACCAAAGACAUGAUCAGGGGAUCUAAUCCUCGUGUUCCUCAACAAGACAACUUCAGUGACUGUGGUGUAUAUGUCCUACAAUACGUUGAAAGCUUCUUUGAGAAUCCAAUUCCAAGUUUUGAGCUACCCAUGAACUUGACAGACUGGUUUCCUCAGCAGCAAGUUAAAAAGAAACGGGAAGAGAUCCGCAAUGUGAUCCUGAAACUGUGCGAGGAACAAAGCAGAGGUAAAAAAGGGCAGGAACUCAAAGUAGCAGAGGCACCUUCAUGAGUAAUGCUUACCUGAGGCGGACACUGACGGAAGAUGCCUUUAUCGGAUACGGGAUACUGUUGCACUAAUGCAGAGAGAAUUGGAUUUGUUCUAGUGUAGGAUUCCACGGCAGGAUAAAUACCCAGUGUGCUGUUGACCUUUUCAGAACAUUGUUUGAUGCACACAUCUACAUUUUACAGCCACCCAAAUGAAUGUUUAUGUACUGUUAUAAAUAUAACAAACUGUACAUAUGUUCAUAAACAGAUUUUGAAGCAUUUGUGAUCAGUUUUCACUGUUUGGGUUAGUAAGCAUUUUGGUAUGUAUUUUUGUUAAAAGUAAUUGGAUAGCUACUUGCAAGUAUGAUUAAAAGUUAUUGCAGUAUUAAAUGGACUGGGCAAGUUUCUUAUUUCUUCUUGCUGACUUCCUCGAUGGAUUUUCCUUCCCUCCUUCCCGGCCUUGCUGGGCUUUGUUGUGCUUCAGCUCCUCCUCAAAGUCCUAGGAUGGAGAUUUCUCAAUCCUGUUAUCAUUCCAUAGGUACAAACUUCCCACACUGGUCACAGAAGAGCAGCUUUCAGAAUUUGCCUCCCAUGGGUACUGAGAUCAAAGUGCACCCUUGCCUGAGGUCACCUGAUUCUCAUGUUAGCCAUCAAAUCUUCCAGGCCUUCAUGAUUCAUUGAAUUAAUUGAAUAUAUUUCUUUCAAAGAGCAACUAGUCUGAUGUUAUCUGUGAGGGCACUUGCUGUGGUUGCAGAUGGCUUUUGGGAUCUGGAGUUUGAGCUGUGGCCUCCACAUAAAGAAAGCCUAUUUAAAGAAUCUGUCUGUGGCACCAUACCUCAGCAAGUACCCAUCAGUUCCCAAGAGGAUGGGAGGGGAGGGAAAUUGGUAAGUGAAGAGGCGAAGGACGGGGGGUAAAGCAAGUAGGUGCCUUUGAAAAGAAUUCUUUGAGGUGAUAGGUGUAAAAUUUUGCAUCUCUAGAAAGUGUUAUUACAAUUAAAUCAGAUUCUAGUGUCUUCCCUUACAGAAGAAUGGCAAAACUUUGAGUUUAAAAAUUCCAUAGAAUUGGUUCACUGAAACCACAUCUUUUAAACUAUUUCUUCAUUUAAGUGUAGAAUCAAUCCUUUUUGUCUAAUUUUCAGAGGUCUAUUUAAUCCAAACAAUCAGAACCCAGCUGAAUAUUUUGCUUCUCUGCAACAAUACCUCAGAAUAUUUUUGCACACCGUAGUUGUGCAUUUUUGUGUAAACUGAUUUUCUGUAAAUGCAGUUUUGAAAUUUUAAUGUGUACUGAUGUCUGGACUUGUAAUUAUAUUUCAUUUUUCUGCACUACAACCACAAUUGCUUCACAAGUAUGUUAUUUGAACUGCAAGAAUGACACCUGUAAUAAGGAUUUACUCCUUAGUAGCAAUGAUCAAUGUGGCACAGAGAGAAUCUUUAUUUACGGACAAAUACCUUAAUUGGCUCCGUUCACAAGCAUGUUAAUUUACACAAAUGAAUAACUGAGUGCACACCUAUCAAGUUUCCCUGACCCUUCAUGAACAGUCCAAGAACAGAAAAGGUAAUACCUGGGAAAGGAGUCCACGUUGGCCAGGUAUUCCUCAUGCUCUCUAUCUAAUCUCUGUGUGUAUGUGGUGUCCUUCACAUCUGCAAUGGUUUGUCCUGGAGAGUCACAUUCAAAGCUCCUUACUUUUAAGCACUUCUUAUCAGUUCAAAUGUUGUUUCCAUCUAGUUAGCUCAAAUUUAUUUGCACAGAAGCCACUUGGCUUUACCUAGGUUGUUGCCUUAUUGGCUCUGGUCCAGGGCUAUGACCAGUAUUGUUCUGUGGUCUUUGCCUCAGCCCUGAGCCUUUGGUUCUUUUCAACUCUGACUGAUUCAAACCAGAUGACCUAGACACAGAUUUCUCCUCUGCAAGCCUAUCACUUUGCAUAAUAAAUAGCUACUUGUCUGAGCCUGGUCUCAGGUUUAGUUGGUCAUUAGCUGAAACUCCUUGGGUCCACAUUCAGUUGCUCUGAUUAAGUUAUCCUGGAGCAAGAAUCAGUUCAUCAAACAGUUCACAAAUGGUGGCUGCAGGGCCAGACUCACAAAUUGGUCACUUUCAUUCUUGUUCACUGACUGUCAUUCUUUCUGGCCAACAUGCUGAAAUAAGAGAACAUCGACUAAUUUAUUUGCACAGAAGCCACUUAGCUUUACAAGAUUUCAAAGUUCAAAGUAAAUUUAUUAUCAAAGUACAUAUGUCACCAUAUACAACCCUAAGAUCCAGUUUAUUGUGAGCAUGCUCAAUAAAUCUAUAAUAGAAUAAAUGAAAGACCAUACCAAUUGAGCAUUCAACCAGUGUGCAAUAGGCAACAAACCAUGCAAAUAUAAAAAUAGAGAAAGUAAUAAUAGAUAAAUAAGCAAUAAAUAUUCAGAACAUGAGAUGAAGAGUCCUUGAAAGUGAGCUCAUGAGUUGUGGGAACAUUUCAGUAAUGGGGCAAGUGAAACUGAGCAAAGUUAUCCCCUUUAACCAUAGAGAUAGGAGCAAAAUUAGAUCAUUUGGCCCAUCGAUGCUGCUCAACCAUUUCAUCAUGGCUGAUUCAUUUCCCUCUAUGUUCUAAUCUUCUACCUUCUUUGUAUGACUCUUCAUGCUAAAAAUUGGUAGAUGCAAUGAAAGGGUUGACUAUUUUCUAAAUGGAGAGAAAAUACAAAAAACUGGGGUGCAAAGGGACUUGUGCAGGAUUCCCUAGAGGUUAACUUGCAGGUCGAGUCUGGUGAGGAAGGCAAAUGCAACGUUAGCAUUCCUUUCAAGAGGUCUAGAAUAUAAAAGCAAGGAUGUAAUGUUGAGACUGUAAAGUACUGGUGAGGCCUCACUUGGAAUAUUGUGAGAAGUUUCGGGCCCUUUAUCUUAGAAAGGAUGUGCUGGAACCAGAGAGUGAUCAAAGGAGGUUCACAAAAAUGAUUCCAGGAUUAAGUAGCUUGUCUUAUGAAGAGCAUUUGAUGGCUCUGGGCCUGUUUCCACUAGAAUUCAGAAGAAUGAGCAGUGACCUCAUUGAAACCUAUUGAAUGGUGAAAGGCCUUGAUAGAGUGGAUGUGGAGAGGAUAUUUCCUAUGUUGGGGAAGUUUAAGACCAGAGGACGCAGCCUCAGAAUAGGGGGGUGUUCUUUUAGAAUGGAGAUGAGGAUGAACUUCUUUAGCCAAAGAGUGGUGAGUCUGUGGAAUUCUUUGCCACAGGCUAUGGAGGACAAGUCUUUAUAUUUAAGGCAGCGAUUGAUAGAUACUCAAUUGGUCAGGGCAUGAAGGGAUACAAGGCAGGAGAUUGGGGCUGAGAGGGAAAUGGAUCAGCCAUGAUGAAAUGGCAGAGCAGUCUCGAUGGGCCAAAUGGCCUAAUUCUGCUCCUAUAUCUUAAGGUCCAGCAUCUUCCCAACCACUGAAAUCAGACUAAUUGGUCUAUAAUUUCCAUUUUUCUGCCCCCCUCUCUUCUUGAAGAGUGGAAAGACAUUGUAAUUUUCAAGUCCUCUAGAACCAUGCCAAAAUUUCUUGAUUCGUGGAAUAUCAUUACUAACAGACAAUAGGUGCAGAAGUAGACCAUUCGGCCCUUCGAGCCUGCACUGCCAUUUUGAGAUCAUGGCUGAUCAACUACUAUCAAUACCCGGUUCCUGCCUUGUCCCCAUAUCCCUUGAUUCCCCUAUCCAUAAGAUACCUAUCUAGCUCCUUCUUGAAAGCAUCCAGAGAAUGCUUCCAAGGCAGUGCAUUCCAGACCCCCACAACUCUCUGGGAGAAGAAGUUUUUCCUUAACUCUGUCUUAAAUGACCUACCCCUUAUUCUCAAACCAUGCCCUCUAGUACUGGACUCUCCCAACAUCGGGAACAUAUUUCCUGCCUCUAUCUUGUCCAAUCCCUUAAUAAUCUUAUAUGUUUCAAUCAGAUCCCCUCUCAAUCUCCUUAACUCCAGCGUGUACAAGCCCAGUCUCUCUAACCUCUCUGCGUAAGACAGUCCAGACAUCCCAGGAAUUAACCUCGUGAAUCUACACUGCACUUCCUCUACAGCCAGGAUGUCCUUCCUUAACCCUGGAGACCAAAACUGUACACAAUACUCCAGGUGUGGUCUCACCAGGGCUCUGUACAAAUGCAAGAGGAUUUCCUUGCUCUUGUACUCAAUUCCCUUUGUAAUAAAGGCCAACAUUCCAUUAGCCUUCUUCACUGCCUGCUGCACUUGCUCAUUCACCCUCAGUGACUGAUGAACAAGGACUCAUAGAUCUCUUUGUAUUUCUCCCUUACCUAACUCUACACCAUUCAGAUAAUAAUCUGCCUUCCUGUUCUUACUCCCAAAUGCCUCCACAUUUUUUCAGCCACCUCUUUCAGAUCCCUGGGGUGUAGACUACCUGGUCCAGGUGAUUUAUCUACCUGCAGACAUUUCAGUUUCCGAAGCACUUACUCCAUAGUAAUGGCAACUUCUCUCACUUUUGCCACCCGACACUUUCAAACUAAGGGCAAACUGGUAGGGUCUUCCACAUUGAAGACUGACGCAAAAUACUUACUCAGUUCGUCCCUCAAUACUACGCCUCCAGCAUCAUUUUCCAGUGGUCCAAUAUCUAGUCUCACCUCUCUCCUACUCUUUUUAUCUAUCUGGCGAAACUUUUGAUAUCCUCUUUAAUACUGUUGGCUGGCUUACCUUUGUAUUCCAUCUUUUCCCUCAUUAUGACUUAUUUAGUUACCUGUUGGUUUUAAAAGCUUCCCAAUCCUCUAACUUCCCAUAAUUUUUGCUGUAUUAUGCGUCCUAGCAUAUGUAUUACAUGUAUUAUAUGCUUUUCUGUAUUUGCUGAUUGUGCCUGCAGUCAAGGAUCUCAGGGUUGUACGUGGUGACGUGUAUGUACUCUGAUAAUAAAUUUUACUUUGAACUUUUGAA